AUGAGUGAGAGACCACCUCCAGAGUCGAGGAAUCACCAUGCGUUCAAUCAGCACGCUGCGCACCAUCACGGACCAGGGCACUCCAAGAAACCCUGUUCGAGGAUCAAGCUCUACAACCUUGGCUACUUCUUCUCACUCAGCGGAUUGAUGGCGCUCUGUGAAAUUGUAAGUAGCAUGCAGCUGGAGCUUCUUCCCGACGGCGUUCGUUGUCAGAUCCUUGGAAUGACCAUAUACGCCCUCCUGUGGGAUUCCUCCAACGAACUGGACAAGUUCCUCGUGACCGUGUCCUUUCUCCAGUGGAUGACCGGCCUCUACAUCCACGCCACCAUCGCCUUCUGCGCGGCCGGUGCCCGCAUACGCUCCCUGCUGCUGUAUCUCCUGCACCAUGGUGUUGGUGCCAUCUUGUACCUGGGUGGCGCAGUGACUACGCUGGUCAGUUCCAUGUACACCCAGUCCGACGACAUCAUACGAACGGCAAGUAGCCUCGCUUUGGCGGCGUCGGCACUCCACCUGGUUCAGGCCACCCGCUACUUGCUCAAGCAGCGGCCCGAGGGGGACCGUGGAGACGUCGGGGAAGAUGUCACUGCCGGAAUCUUGGUCGAGACCCGCAUAGCCAGGUUCAAAUCAUCCAGAGCAACACCCGUGCCCGCACCUGCGGUUCCGAUACGAAGAGAAUCCAUCGCUGUUCCGGUACGAAGAGAAUCCACCGUCAUUCCAUCGCGAAGGGAAUCCACCGCCGUUUAUCCCGAGUACUUGUAACGCAUUCCCCCGCUGUCGUAGGGCGGCAACAAACCAGCCUCAAGGGCGAGCUGCUCGCUACAACUUCGGCUUGCCUCGCACAGCAUCGGUCUUCAUUCAGUGCGACAGUUCAAGCAUGCAUUAUGUAUAUAAUACCCUCUUUAGUUAGUGAAGUGUCGCAGAUUGACGUACACUUUACUUCAGCCAAUCAGAGAAUCUGUACUUUGUGGUUCAUCGCGUUAGCCGCGAUUGGCAAAUACGCGCGAAUCGUGAAAGUGAACGCUGGAA